CUUGGGGUUGGCUCGCGGCUCCCUGACCCAGUGGCAUCACCGGGUUGACCCUUCGCGUCCGGAGGCGGUGGAGCUGAUCUUUACGGGCGGCGGGACGCUUCGAGGAGCCGCUAGUGGCGCACGGUCCUCGGUGCACGGCGGCUGCACCAUGGUCCAGCUUACUACUUUCCUCUGCAAGGCCUACCAUGGAGGCCACUUAACCAUCCGUCUUGCUCUGGGUGGCUGUACCAACCGGCCUUUCUACCGCAUCGUGGCAGCUCACAACAAGUGUCCCAGGGAUGGCCGUUUCGUGGAGCAGCUAGGCUCCUAUGAUCCACUGCCCAACAGUCACGGAGAGAAACUCGUGGCUCUCAACCUGGACCGGAUCCGGCAUUGGAUUGGCUGUGGGGCCCACCUCUCUAAACCUGUGGAAAAACUUUUGGGUCUUGCUGGUUUUUUCCCUCUGCAUCCCAUGGUGAUCACAAGUGCUGAGAGGCUUCGACGGAAACGGGCACGUGAAAUCCUCUUAGCGUCUCAGAAAACAGAUACGGAAGCUGCAGAAACAAAAGUGAGCUGACUUCAGUGAGCAAAGCAGCGACAAGGGCUCAAAGGAAGUACCUACUCCGCAGUCCCACUCUGUAGGUUGCAAAAUUAUUUGGGCUUUAGAGCUCUAUAUACUCUUGUGGGGAUCAUCUUUGAAAAAGAACAACUCUAUUAACCAUC